AACUCAGACACGUUUUUUACAACCACAGCGACGAAGCCGGCAGGAAGACGGAUUCCGAGGAGCCACAAGUUACUUUAAACCGCCCAAGAAGGACUUACAGAAAAAAAGAAAUAUGCCUGGGGACAUUAACAAAGGCAAGAAGGCAUUUGUCCAGAAGUGUGCCCAGUGUCACACGGUUGAAGACGGUGGGAAGCAUAAGGUUGGACCUAACCUCUGGGGCCUGUUCGGGCGUAAAACGGGCCAGGCAGAGGGCUACUCUUACACAGACGCCAACAAGAGCAAAGGCAUUGUCUGGGAUGAUGAUACUCUGAUGAUUUACUUGGAGAACCCCAAGAAAUACAUUCCAGGAACAAAGAUGAUCUUUGCUGGCAUCAAAAAGAAAAAUGAGCGGACUGACCUCAUUGCAUACCUCAAGUCUGCGACUUCAUAAAGAGCUCUUCUUCUGUGCAGCUUUAACCAUCUUCACAUUUUGACAAACUGCUCAGGAAACCAGGAUUUUUUUUUUUUUUUUUUU